AGUCGCAGGCGCAGACCGCAGAGCGCAGUCGCUACUCGGGUCCAAGCUUGCGCGGCCGCUCUAGACGCAGCGCAGUGAAUUUAUUUAUUUAUUUAGUGAUAUAAGCUCGCUGUAAUGAUUCUUGCGGCGACGCUUACGCUGCUGUUAGCUGUUGGCAGCAGCCAAGGCCGGCACUACGGCAAGGAGAUCGGGGCGCUGUCGUCGCUGCAGCACGGCGUGCGCGGGCGACUCUACGCCGUCGACUCGCGUACGCUCUUCCUGCAGGACUUCCACUACGACGGCGUUGGGCCAGCUGCGUACUUCUACGUGGGCACGUCGAAGUCGCCGAGCGCGAGCGGCGCGACGCGACUGCGGGACGAGCGCGGCGGCGCGGGCCCGCUGCGGAAGUACCGCGGCGAGGGGAUCACGCUGUCACUACCCGAGGGCAAGACACUGAAGGACUUUAAUUGGUUCUCGGUGUGGUGUGACGACUAUUCCGUAAACUUCGGUUCGGUGGACAUCCCCCGCGGGCUGGAGUACCCCAAGCCGGUGAAGGUUGGGGCUCUGCGCGGGGUGCACGGGGUAUCUUCCGACCCCAUCGUGGUGGUGGACGCGCAGACUCUGCUCAUCCCCAACUUCUCUUAUGACGGCGAGGCUCCGGACGCCAAAUUCUGGGUGGGACGAGGAGACAAGCCUUCACCUGAAGGCAUUCGCAUCCCGGACGAGAAUGGAAAAGAAACACCUUUGAGGAAAUACGAUAAGAAGACCAUUGUGCUGACUUUGCCUGGGGAGCUCACGGUGUUCGACAUAGGGCACUUCGGCGUGUGGUGCGAGGCGUUCACGGUGGACUUCGGGCACGUGGUGCUGCCGCGCGCCGCGCUCGCCGCCGCGCCGCCCAGCCUCAGGAUGCUCGGCGUGUCGCCGCAGUCCAAGCUGAACUGCGAGGUUUUGCACGACGACCUGGCCUUCGAGGUGCGCUGGGCCAUCGCCGGGGACAGCAUCGUCUUGCAACUGGUCGCUAAAUUGGAGGAUGGAGAGUACAUGUCGUUCGGUAUCUCCGGCGACGCGGAGCACACGCAGAUGGUGGGCGGCGACGUGACGGUGGCGUGGGUCAACAAGAGCACCCUUAAGGGCUACGCGGUGGACUACUACCUGGAUGCCAAGAGCCAGUGCGCCGGCUCCCAUGGAUCUUGCCCCGAUGAGAACAUUGCUCCGAACACGAACUCAGUGCGGCUGUUGAACGCGGCGCUGGUAAAUGGCUACUCAAUAGUGACGUACCAGCGGCCGCUGCGCGCGGCGGACCGGCUCGACCGCCGCGUGCGCACCGACGCGCCGCAGCCCGUGCUGUGGGCCGUCGGGCCGCGGAACGAGCGCGACGAGGUGUCCUACCACACGCACUUCACUGAGGGCGACCGUUUAAUCGAAUUUGGUCGAGCGCCGCUAUGGAACUGCCCCAUGCCAGAGGGUGAGGACGGAGUACAACCCACUGCCCCCAGUGCCGAUAAUGCCCCAAGUGUCCCCACUGCAUUGGAAGAAGAGGCAGUAGCAAUAAAGCCGAACCCGGUGCCGACGCCGCGGCCGGUGGCGCGCGAGGCGGCGUGGGAGAUCCCCGGCAUCGCAUGCUACGAGCCGGCGGACGGCGUGCUGUACGCGCAGAUGGGGCCUACCGGCGGCAAGCAGGGGUACUCCGCUAUCACCGGUCACGUGGGCUGGGGAAUAUCCUGGUACAUUAACGGUCUGCUGAUCCCCGAGAUCACCGUGGUGCGCGGCAAAAAGUACACGUUUGUGGUGGAGGGGGGCUCGGAUCCGGCCGAGCCGGCGCGCUUCCAUCCCUUCUACAUCACUGACGACCCCGUGGGAGGCUACUACCAUAAGAGCGAUGCGGAGAAACAGAACGUAAGAAUCUUCGCGGGCGUGCGCCGCACUCGCAGCGGCGAGUUAAUUCCGUCCGGCGUGGGGCGCCUCUGCAACUGGACCCCGGACAGCGAGGGCCCCUCCGCGGACGAGUUCCCCAGCUUCGGCGCGUACCAGCGCUCUCUCACGCUCGUGUGUGAGGAAGGCAACCCGGGUGUCGUUACUUGGAUCCCGGACAAGAAUACCCCGGACACGGUCUACUAUCAGUGUUUCACACACCGACAUCUCGGUUGGAAAAUCCACGUAGUAGAUGAGUGCGACGAGACGGAGGCUCAAGAGAGCCGCGUGGUCGAGAGCGUUGCUCUCCCGAGCGACCUCGUAGGUGAAGAGUCCAUACAGUAGCGAUAAUGGUGACGACGGCCUCUCGGGUGAAGUGUACCCGGAACCUGAUAGGUACAACGGACAGGAGUAUGAAUUGCCAAUAAGCACUGGACAAAUACAGGAUGUCAUAGAAGCGGUUGAAAGCUUAGAAGAAACUAUG